AUGGCUUCACAGAAGAGGAGAAAGCGGUGGGCCUAUCGUGACUCAUUCUACCCAGAAACCAUCUGGCAGGAUGGUGUACCGUAUGAAUUUGACCCCAGCCUUUCAAAUAUAUCUGAGUUGAGUCUCACAAAUGCAAUGAAAUUUUGGCAAGAAAACACGUGCGUAACAUUUCGUCCGCGCAGCAACGAAACCCAGUACAUUCUCUACACUUCAGAAAAUGCUGGAUGCUUCUCAACAGUUGGGAAGGACAACAGCCAACCAGUACAACCGGUGAAUAUCGGCAGAGGAUGCCAGCAU